AUGAGUAAUAUUACCACAGGAGAUGUAGGUGAAGAUCUCAAAAAGAUGGGGAGAACAAAGGCAGUGGGGCUAGAUAACAUCUCGAUUGAGGAGGUUAGUAACAAAUCGGAUAAGUGGAGGGAAGCUUUAGAAGGUAAAGAGUUGCGCAUUAGCCGUACGAAGACCGAGUAUUUGCGUUGUGACUUUAGUGGGACAUCACCGGUAGUUAAACCAGAAAUGUCCAUUGAGGAAGCAGUUGUUAAAAGUACGACCAGGUACAAGUAUUUAAGAUUGAUCAUUCAAAGAGAUGGGGAGAUUGACGGAGAUGUAAAUCAUCGUAUACAUGCGGGUUGGUACAAGUGGCAUGCAGCCACCGCAGUGCUAUGUGAUAAGAAAUUCCCAAGCAAGUUAAAAUGA